ACUGCAUUUGUUUCAGAAUACUGUGGAGAAAAUGUAUGCUAGUCGAGAGGAUAUUGGGUAUGAUUUUGGAGACAACUCAAAAGUUGGAAGUAAGCCAAUUAAGCCUAAUCCAAACAUCGAUGGAGGAUGGGCUUGGAUGAUUGUAUUUUCCUCUUUCCUUGUGCACAUACUUAUCAUGGGUUCCCAAAUGGCCCUUGGAGUACUCAACAUGGAAUGGCUUGAAGAGUUUAAUCAGAGCCGUGGCUUAACAGCGUGGGUCAGCUCCCUCAGCAUGGGCAUCACACUUAUUGUAGGUCCUUUUAUUGGUUUAUUCAUCAGCAUGUGUGGGUGCCGCCUGACAGCUAUAAUUGGAGGGAUACUGAAUGCCCUGGGUUGGAUCCUGAGUGCCUAUGCCUCCAGUGUGCACUACCUCUUCCUUACCUUUGGGGUGACAGCCGGCAUUGGAAGUGGCAUGGUUUAUCUGCCUGCAGUGGUCAUGGUGGGGCAGUAUUUUCAGAAGAGAAGAGCACUUGCACAAGGGCUCAGUACCACAGGAACAGGAUUUGGAGCUUUCUUAAUGACUGCCUUACUGAAGUACCUCUGCGCUGAAUUUGGGUGGAGAAAUGCCAUGUUCAUCCAGGGUGCCAUCUCUCUGAACCUUUGUGUCUGUGGGGCACUAAUGAGACCUCUCUCCCCCAAAGACCUGAGUGAAAAAUCUGUUGUGAGAAGUAAUAGUGAAGAUAAUCAAGCAAAAGCUCUGUCCCAUUCUACAGAGACUAUAAAAUCUAAUGGAGUCCUCGGUGAAGAACCAGAGAAAAAAGAAGAGGCAGCAAAUGAAGGAGUGCUUGAGAGUGCUCAGCACACAGAAAUCGGAGGUAGCUCUGGGAGUGGAAGGAGUAUGUAUGGACUGCGCUUGCUUAAGACAGUGAGCCAGCUGACACUUACAGUCAGGAAGGGCUUUGCACUAUGGUACUCCAGCUACUUUGGAGCUGCAUCACUGUUUACCAACAGAGUAUUUGUGGCCUUUAUAAUUUGGGCUUUGUUUGCCUAUAGCAGCUUUGUCAUUCCCUUUAUUCAUCUUCCAGAAAUAGUCAAGCAGUACAACUUAUCUAGGCAGGACAAUGUAUUUCCUUUGACAUCCAUUAUAGCAAUUGUUCAUAUUUUUGGUAAAGUGAUCCUUGGAAUCAUCUCUGAUCUCCCGUGCAUCAGCACAUGGAAUGUCUUCCUUAUGGCUAACUUUACCCUGGUCACCUGCAUUCUUACUCUGCCACUAAUACAAACAUAUGUCGGCCUGGCUGUGGUUUGUGCUCUAAUAGGAUUUUCCAGUGGCUAUUUUUCUCUAAUGCCUGUUGUGACUGAAGAUUUAGUUGGAACUAAACACCUUGCAAAUGCCUAUGGCAUCAUCAUUUGUGCCAAUGGAAUAUCUGCAUUGUUUGGACCACCCUUUGCAGGUUGGAUCUAUGACAUCACACAAAAAUACGAUUUUUCUUUUUACAUAGCUGGCUUGCUAUACAUGGUGGGAAUAAUAUUUUUACUUAUACAACCUUGUAUUCAAAAGAAACAACCAAGACAAAAAUCUACAGAAGAAGCACAAGUAUAGAACAAAUUCCAGAAGUUUUUUUACAGAACUUUUUUGAUUUCAUGUUUCUAUUGUGUGACAGUAUGAAGAUGUUUUUCUUAUGAAACCAACCACAUUAAGCUGUACUUAAGUGAAAAGCAAAUGUGCUCCAUAAUGCUAAUAAAUUAUGAGAAACAUGCUUUUAAAAUAGUUAAGAUCUCUUACUUUAGAAGUACCAAAUACAGUGAUUAAAAGCACACUGCUAGUCUUUUAAUAUCAGCACAAUGCUAGUAGCCUUUACCCUUGCUUCUCUUUCAACUUUUCACCACUAACCACUGGUGAGAAUCCACUGACUGCAGUGCAGUUACUCCUGAUUUACACGAGUCCUAGAGAGAAUUUGGUCAGGACAUGAAUGAUUUAUAAAGGUCCCUCCUACUAUGUGUUCAGUCUGAUAGUUACAGAGUAUAAGAAAAUGAUUGUAUUUCUUGCCUGGCUAGUCAAGUACUGUUGAAAUGCUAGUAUAAGAACUCCAUUAAUUGAAUGUUUUAAAAUCACUAUUUCUGUGAUACAAAACUGAAGAAAAGUUCUUAUAUUUUUCUGAAGUGACUCAUUUUGACUU